AUGGACUUGUUGAGCGCCCGCCCUGGUCGGCCAGCGCCAUACUCUGUUCUUAACGUCGGAUUCCACCGCUCUCUCGUCCGCUGCUGGAGGGAGGCCACGGCCAAGACCAUUGAAGUCGGUGGGAUGGUCCCACGGCCAUGGACUAGCAAAUCCGAGCAGCCCGGAGAUAGCCCUCGCUUUGGGCAAAUGUCCUCCUCGUAUACACAGGACUGCCGAUCCUCCUGUCGAGAGUCGAUGUUGACCCUUGAAAAUCGCCUAUAA